UUCUGUCUUCAAUCUUCGCUUGCACACACACACAGUCUACAUCAGCACGCAAUAACAUACAACCAGUACUAAUUGCACCACCAUGCCUGUACCAGUCCCUGCUUCACCGACGCUUCACUGCAUCUUAAUUUCCAACAGUCAUACUCUCUUGGACGCAUCUCUCUUUCCCUCUCACAUCCCAACCAAUAGGGCCUUUGCGCCAUGUGAACCGAAAGAGACCGAUUCCUUUCCUCUUCCCCUGUAUACCCUUCGUACGAAUCCAGCCGGAAAGCAAACGUUCAUAUCAGGAGCGGAUCGAGGUCCUUUUGCUGCUGUUAACUGGUCUUCUGCCUCUGCUUCCCACUCUCAAUCUCCGUGUGAGAACGCAAAUGGGAAUAGCUUGUCAUUCUUCAAAUCUGCAAUGACGAGUGAUACUGGCUUACUCGUUGGCAGUCACGGUCUUCACGGGUUUUCGAAAAAGUUUCGCUUAAUCACGACCCUCGAGAUAAAUAAGAAGAUCCGACUCAUCAUGUACGCUCCCCCUUCUCCAUCUUCCGCUCCCGCCUCUUCAUCAUCAACAACGUCAACAUCAACAUCGGGAGGUUAUAGUACCUGGAAUCCACCACCUUUUCCUUCGAUUGCGUAUCGGACCUUGUUGGAUACGAUUGUUCUUACUGGAUUGCUCAUGACGGUUGGGACGGAAGAUAUCGUUGGAUUCUGUUCCUCAACUCCUAGUCCUAGUGUUCUGCCGGAAUCUGGCGCACGUCGGACUUUGGGUUCCUCUGCUGCCGGUUCUACCCGUUCACCCCGAGCUCAUUCCUCUUCGGCUCCUGAGCCUUCUUGUGCUGUCACUACAUCCGGCAGUGGGUCUGGAUCUAGAUCGAUGAAGGCGCCCUGGGCGCAUUGGGUCGUACCUGGUAAUGGUGACGGAAUGAGUGGAAGUACUAGGAAUUUGAUUGGAAGGAGGAGCAGGAGUUCGAGAGGGGAUAAUAGUGCAACGUCUAGUCAGACAUCAACGGAGACGAGCAAGUCGAGUAUGUCUAAGAUGUCCAAGGGGUGCUGCCUUGUCACAGACCGAGGAUGCUGUCGAGAAGGGAAGGAGAGGAAGAAAGAAGAUGGAAAGAGGAAGCAUUCUGCUGGGAUCCUGAAAUCGAUGCUGCCGAUGAUCUCCGCUUUCGCUUUGGGUCCUGGUGGUGGCCCAUUCGGUUCUUCGAUCACCACGACACCAUCUUCAUCUGUGCCAGAUUUUGAAGAGGAAAAGCAUCCGAUUCUGGAUCUCGGGCUAGUACGAGGAGGCAUGCGUUUGAUUACCAGAGAUGUGGUUCGGUUGGUGUUAGUGGAGGUCAAGCACGGAUGAGGACGUUGUCGGCGUCGAUGCUGGUUUCAAGCCCCAAACCUGUAUCUACGGGAUGGAGUUCACAC